CAAAGGAAAAGAAAGCAUCAUGGCUGCUGCAAUGACGACGUCAGAGGAGCCCGCCCGUCUCGAGUCCGAGGAGGACAUUCUGACAAUUGGCACUCUCGCUCCGCGCCACACGCCGGGACUCGCGCCGUCGGACAUUGACGAGCUCCGCAUCGCGUGCGCCCAGGUGCUGCCCUCGGAGCAGGGCCCGCGGGGCGCCGGAGGCCUCGACAAGCUGCAGCGCUUUGCCGAGCGGGCCGCACAGGCCGGUGCCGACGUCGUCGUCUUUCCCGAGUACUUUUUGACGGGCGCCACGCACGAGGCGUGGAAGGAUGUCCGGACACGGUCCUCCGCCUCGCGCUCCGCCUCGGCCGAGGCUCGGGAGGAGCAGACGUCCGACUUCCUCAAGACAAUCUCGACGGUGGCCAGGCGCAACGACAUUGACAUCGUGGCAGGCACCAUCGUCGAGCUCGGCUCGCACCAUGUGCCACACCGUCUCGACGAUGUCAAAGACGACGGCAACAACAACAGCAGCAACAACAACAAUGAAGGGCCACCGUCGGCGCACGACGACAAGCUCUUCAACACGGCCUACUACGUCGACCGGCACGGCCACGUCGCGGGCCGCUACACAAAGAAGCGUCUCUGGCACCCCGAGCGCGCCGUGCUGUCGCCCGGCCACGAGCUGCUCCACCACGCGCCGCCGCCGAGCACGUUUGAGAUCACGACGCGGCGCGGCCGGACGCUGCGGGCGGGCAUCCUCAUCUGCUGGGACCUCGCCUUUCCCGAGCUGUUCCGCGAGAUGCUCUUCAAGGCAGAUGACGGCAGCACGAGCCUGCAAGGUCCCGACGUCGUCUUUGCGCCCAUCUGCUGGUAUGCCACCGACUGUGGCCGGUCUGGCCUGCGCUGGAGCACGACGGGCGAGGCGAGCCUGCUCGACGGCAUGUGCCAGGCCCGCGCCAUCGAAAACGAGUGCGUGAUUGCCAUGACCAACGUCGCCGGCAAGGCGCCCCCAGCCUCUCAAGAGGCUUGGCUCGCCUGGGAUGGAGACAAGGGCGACGAGCCGUGGGCGGUGGGGAGGAGCUGCGUGUGUGCGCCAUUUGUCGGCUGCAUGCAGCGCGUAGAGGGCACCGACGAGGCCCUGCUGCUGGCCAAUGUCGACCUGAGGUGCCUCGACGAGGCACGCCAGGUCUACCGGUGCCGGUAUGACUUGGCCCUGGAGAGAGACGACUGACUUCUCGUCAAAUAACCACCGCUUGCUCUCUCUACUGUACUGUACCGCACACACCAACCAUUGCUCCUUGCAUCACGGAAGAAUGAGGCUCAGACAAGAGGGCUUUCUACAAGAGAUCUUUGCAAAGAGAUGCUAGUGCAUGCGAACAAUAGAGAAAGAAGAAAGAAGGGGGAGACAGACAACGACAAGUGGGGGGCGAUAGAAAGGCAAGCUACCGGGGAAGGUGUGUG